GUUAGGUGAGUUAGAGUCCAACGUGAAUGAGUGGGGUACCUGCUCGGUAACUGCAGGCUGGACUCUAAGUAGAUAAUAACACCAUCAGUUCUUGGCAGAGAGAAACAAGACCAUUUAGAAAACAAAGGAAAUUUCUCCCUUGAGACACAACAAGAUGGAACCAGAAAAAGCAUUACACAGAAGCUGGCACAGCAAAGGCACUGCUUAAGGAAGUACAAUAGCUAUGCUGCUUCAAUCAAAAAUGAAAAUGCUUUUUAAUGUGUGAGAAAUUUUGAGAGGAUUGACAAGAUGUCUGUCUGGCUAAUCUCUCAAACAAGUAUUGAAAUACUACUUUUGGCAGUAACAUGCUUGAGCUUCCACAUUGAACCUAAAGAAGGUAGCCUGGCUGGGGGAACAUGGAUCACAGUCAUUUUUGAUGAUUUGGAAUCUGGUCUCCUAUAUCCCAUCAAUGGCUCUCAGCUGGAGAUACACCUGGUGAAUGUGAUUGGGCCUGCAUUGCCGAAUAUCCCCUGUGACAUCUCUCCUGUCUUCUUGGAUUUACCACUGGUGAUGUGUAGAACCAGAUCACUGUUUUCUGAAGCUCACGACGGUCUGUACUACCUAGCAGUGCGCUCUAGGGGGCAGGUGGUCCACAGUCCAUAUCCAGGGCCACCCAACAGCAGUACUUUCCAGUUUUCCAGGACACAGACACCUAUGGUUUACCAAGUUGAUCCACCCAGUGGAGUUCCAGGAAAACUAAUACAUGUCUAUGGCUGGAUUAUGACUGGAAGAUUGGAAACCUUUGACUUUGAUGCUGAGUACAUUGAUAGCCCAUUACUCUUAGAAGCUCAAGGAGAAAAAUGGGUUACUCCUUGCUCUCUUGUAAACAGGAAAACAGGACAUUGCUAUCCUAUUCAGGAAGAUCAUGGUCUUGGAACACUGCAGUGUCGUGUGGAAGGCAACUAUAUUGGUUCCCAGAAUGUUAGCUUUUCAGUAUUUAACAAAGGAAAGUCAAUGGUACACAAAAGUGCGUGGCUGGUCAGUGCUAAACAGGAACUGUUCCUUUACCAGACAUAUCCAGAAGUGCUAUCUGUAUUUCCAGAAACUGGGAGCCUUGGGGGGAAAACAGACAUCACAAUUAAAGGAGACUUCUUUGACAAUCCUGCCCAGGUUAUGAUUGCAGGCAUUCCAUGUGACAUUAGAAAUGUGUCUCCUAGGAGGAUUGAGUGUACCACUAGGGCACCCGGAAAAGGUAUAAGGCUGACUGCUCCUCAGGCAGGUAACCGAGGGCUUCUUUUUGAAGUUGGUGAUGCUGAAGAAGGAUUGAACUUGACCAGAGCCACCCCUGGGUACAGAUGGGAGAUUGUUCCUAAUGCCAGUUCUCCAUUUGGAUUUUGGUCAAAAGAAGGACAACUUUUCAGAGCACGACUCAGUGGGUUCUUUGUGGCCCCAGAGACAAAUAAUUAUACUUUCUGGAUCCAGGCAGACAGUCAAGCCACUCUGCACUUAAGUCAAUCAGAGGACCCAAGGACCAAGGUGAAAGUGGCCUCCACCAAGGUGGGCACUGCUGACUGGUUUGACUCUUGGGAGCAGAAUGGCAACGAAGGGAAUUGGCAACAGAAAACUUCCAAGUUGGAACUGUUUGGAGGAGCCAGAUACUACCUGGAAGCAGAGCAAUAUGGCAGGGCUCCUAGCAGGGGGAUGAGAAUUGGUGUCCAGAUCCACAACACAUGGCUGACUCCUGAUGUGGUCAGCACUUACCUUCGGGAGAAGCAUCAGAUCAAAAUUCAUGCUCAGAAAACUCCAGAAAUUCAGAUGUUGACUGUGUCUGGUGGAGGCAGCUUUUCCCUAACUUGGGACAAUGUUUCCAGCCAGUCAAUUCCUGCAAAUGCCACAGCCCAUGAGAUUCAAAAAGCCCUUGAGGAGUUACUUGCAGUCAAAUGUCAACUGGAACCCCUUUCUGCUAACAUUCUGCUUCGGCUUGGAUUUGAACAAGGCCUAGAAGGUUUCAGCUCUGAUGGGGAUCUCACCAAUAGGAUUGAACCCUUCUGUGGUAGAUUUAGUCUCCAACAGCCUCGAUACCUUGUCCUAAAACCCCUGGCUGGCCAAAAGGGCUACCAGCUUGAGCAGUAUGCAUAUCUGUGCCUUGCAUAUAAAAGUCACACGAAUAAGAUCCUGAAGGUGACUGUGUACUUCACGACUGCUCUUCAAAAUGAUGUUAUGAAGAACAUCACCUGUGACUGGAGUCUCAUGGGAACUGGAUCUGGCAGCUGGCAGUUCAUGUGUACUGACCUCUGGAGGACUUGUGUGCAUGGCUCUGUGCAUCUCCUGACGCCCUUGGUAAACGCCCCCAUGCUGGUUCAUCAAAUAGACCUCCUUCCUCUGGCCCAGAAACCAGAUGUGUUCUAUGUGGAUGAAGUUAUUAUUGCAGACAGAAACCUAACAGUUUCUCAGGCUGAUUCUGGAACAGCUCGCCCAGGUGGGAAUCUGGUGGAAUUGCUCUCUGUGGUGGGAUCCCCUCCAAUCUACAACAUGACUGCCUGGUUUUCAGGGUGUGGCCAGGAGCUUCCACUUAUCACCAUAAGGUAUAUGUCCACUGAAGGAGAAGAAGAAGGAUCUGGGUUGGACCAGGUGACAACACAGAGAUUACAGAAGACAAGUCCACCGUUAGGAGGACAUUUUUAUAUUCACCUUCCUAACAGGGUGAUUCCUGAUAUCCCUGUACACAUCUCUGCUGGUCAUCUUCACCAGCUCUUACGGAACAAUUCUGAUAACUUCACAUCCAGAUACCUUGAUGCCAGUGACUUUAUGGUGAUAGAAAAUCAAAAGUCUUGUUAUGAACAUGUCUGGACCCUUUCCUGGUCCACCCAGGUUGGGGACUUGCCCAAUUUCAUGCAGGUCUCUGCUGAAAAUAUGACUGGAGUGAACCCUAUUGCAACCACUCGGGUGGUAUAUGAUGGUGGAGUUUUUCUGGGACCCAUAUUUGGAGACAUGUUGGUUACUCCCAACCAGUAUACUCAGGUGGUUGUGCAAGUGAAUGACAUACCAGCUCACUGCUCAGGUUCCUGUACUUUCCAGUAUCUUGAAGGGUCAACGCCCCAGGUCCAUUUGGUGCAGUAUUCUCAAGAUGGUGACACCAACCUACUGGUUAAUUUCAUUGGAACUAGUUUCUCUGGUGAUUCCCAAUUUUUGCAGAUAAUAGUGAAUAAAACAAACUGCAAAAUUAUUUUCUCAAACCACACCUAUGUGGUCUGUCAGACGACUCUGCUGCCCAUGGGGGUGCAUCAGAUCUCCAUGUUGGUCAGACCCUUUGGCCUUGCCGUCGGUACUAAUGGAGAAGAUCUCUUCUUAAAUGUGGAACCCAAAUUGGAUGCUGUGGAUCCUUCUAAAGCUGCAGAGAUUGGAGGACUUUGGGCCACGAUUCAAGGCUCUAGUUUGGAAAAUAUUAGCGAGGUGUUGUUUGGAUCUCAGUCUUGUGCCAUGAAUGUCAUGAUAAGUAAUUCAAGAAGAAUUCAUUGCAGAGUUCCACCCAUGGAGAAAGAUGAACCUAUUGUGAAUAUAACUGUGAUCAGCAGGGACUAUACUGCACUUCUUCCCAUGGCAUUUACAUAUGUCUCCCUCUUAAAUCCAGUGAUCAAUUCUCUAAGCAGAAACAGAAGCAACAUAGCAGGUGGUGAGAUUCUCUUCAUUGGAAUGACAUUUCAACCGAGCUACACAGAUCUGAAUGUGGAAGUUCGCAUCCAGGAUACACCAGCUCAGGUUCAUUCACAGACAGCUCUAGGUCUGGAGGUGGUGUUGCCUCCGCUACCAGCAGGCCUCCAUGAAAUCUCAGUCUCCAUCAAUGGUAUCAACAUCCUUGCAGAGGGGGUUGACCUUCAUAUCCAGUACAUCACAGAGGUUUUUAGCAUUGAGCCAUGCUGUGGGUCCUUUCUGGGUGGGACCAUUCUCAGCAUCUCUGGAAUAGGGUUCAGCAGGUCCCCAGCUUUGUUUUGGGUGCUUGUGGGCAAUCAGUCCUGUGACAUCUUGAAUUCAACAGAGACAAGCAUCUGGUGUGAGACCUCACCAGCGCCUAAUCUGCCUGGAGAGGGCGCUCUAACUGUUCCAGCCCCUAUAGAGGUCUGGACUGGCAACAUGCCAUUCACCAAGGGGCCUUCACCAAGCCUGGUAGGGGAGGGCUUCACCUUCAUCUAUGAAGCGGCAUCAACACCAGUGGUCACUUCCACUAGAGAAGAGAUUGUGAAUAACACCCUCAGGAUCUAUGUGGGAGGAGAAAACCUCUCCAACUCAAAGAUCCUUCUGGAAGACUUAGCCUGUGAUCUUGAGACACAAACUUUCAAGAGCAACACGAGCCUGUCUGUAUGUUCCUUUCCUCUCCACAGCUUGGAGGCUGGCAUCUACCUUCUCCGGGUAUGGCAGAAGAAAAUGGGGUUUGCUGACAUGUCUGCGGUAUUCCAACAGUUUGUGAUGAUGCCCCAGAUAAUGUCCAUCUUCCCAGCACAGGGAUCAGCUUGUGGUGGGAUGAUACUCACGGUGAAGGGUUUGGCACUGAGUUCUAGAAGGAGUUUAGUUCAGGUUGACCUGUCAGACCCUUUUAUUUGUACAAUUUUGAGUUUGGGGUACCAUACAAUUGUUUGCCAGAUCAACCUCAUGAGUAACCCCUUGCCUGGAACCUCCUACACCCUGAAUGUUACAGUCUCGGCUAAUGGACUAACCAGUGAGUGCCUGGGGAAUUGCACUCUUUCCUUGCGAGAAGACUCAUCUCCAAUUGUGGUUGAUCUGACCACAAACAUCAAUGAACGUAUGACCACCUUGCAAAUUGUGGGUCAGCAGCUAGGCACCACAGCUGAUGAGCCAAUAGUUUUUGUGGAUGAUUAUCUUCCUUGCAUGGUGACUUUCUUUAAUGCGAGUCAUGUAACAUGUUGUAUAAAUGAUUUGACCCCAGGAGUUCACUACCUCUCAGUUUUUCAUCCGAGAAACGGGUAUGCUUGUUUUGGCAAUGUUUCCAGACGCUUCUACAUUUUACCUCAAGUGCUUCAUUAUUUUCCCAAGAACUUCAGCGUGCAUGGUGGGAGCCUCUUGACCAUGGAGGGCACAGCCCUGAGAGGGCAGAACACCACAGUUGUCUAUGUUGGUCAGCAGGCUUGCCUGAUAGUAAACAUCAGCUCUGAGCUCAUCCAGUGUUCUGUUCCUGCAGGGAACGGCUCCGUUGCCUUGGCCAUAGAAAUAGAUGGACUUUCAUACCAUUGGGGAGUCAUUGUUUACAGCUGUGAUUUCACCCCUAAGCUUCUCUCUUUUUCUCAGACUGAUAAUGUCCUAAACUUUGCUGUGGUUCAGAUCUCAGGAGCUGCAAAUAUUGACAUUUUUAUUGGGACGUCACCUUGUGCUGGUGUCACUGGCAACCAGUCCAUGCUUUGGUGUGUGCUGCCAUCCCUGCCUGCUGGCGAGUACCAAGUUAGGGCUUAUGACUGCUGGAGAGGGUGGGCCUCAUCUGCCCUGGUGUUCACAUCAAGAGUCAUUAUUACUGCAGUCACUGAGAAUUUUGGCAGCCUGGGUGGAAAGCUUGUGCAUGUGUUUGGAGCAGGAUUUUCUCCAGGGAACAUCUCAGCUGCUGUGUGUGGUGCUCCUUGUCACGUCCUGGCUAAUGCUUCAGUAUCAGCUUUCAGUUGCUUGGUUCUGCCCUUGGAUGUGUCCUUGGCUUUCCUUUGUGACAUGAAGCCUGAAGAGGAGAGCUGUGAAGCCACCACUUGCACCUACAUACAGUGUGAUCUGACAGUUGCUGUGGGAAUGAACAGAUUGCUUGAACCCUGGCCUUACCUCUUUAUUUGUGAGGAAAUUCCCCAAUAUGUCUCUAUACCAUCUCAUUGGCCAGAGUCAGUCUUCUCAACAAUCACAGGCCUCUUCAUCAGCCCUAAAGUGGAAAGAGAUGAAGUUCUCAUCUAUAAUAGCUCCUGUAACAUUACCAUGGAAACUGAGGCAAAGAUAGAGUGUGAGACGCCUAAUCAGCCAAUUACCGCCAAGAUUACUGAGAUACGAAAAAGCUGGGGCCAGAACACUCAGGGCAACUUUUCCUUUCAGUUCUGCCGGAGAUGGUCCCAGACUCACAGCUGGUUUCCUCAAAGAGUGCCACAAGAUGGCGACAAUGUCACAGUAGAGAGUGGUCAACUGCUACUCCUUGACACCAAUACCAGCAUCCUCAACUUGGUGCAUGUGAAAGGAGGCAAAUUGAUUUUCCUGGAUCCAGGACCUGUUGAGCUCAAGGCACACUCCAUUCUUGUUUCUGAUGGUGGUGAGCUUCGGAUUGGAUCAAAGGACAAACCCUUCCAAGGCAGAGCUCAGAUCAAACUCUAUGGAAGUUCCUAUUCUACCUCUUUUUUUCCAUAUGGAGUUAAGUUUCUGGCUGUGAAGAAUGGAACUCUUUCUGUGCAUGGUUCACUACCAGAAAUAACUGUCACCCAUCUCCGUACUGCUGCCUAUGCUGGUGACUCAGUGUUAGCUCUGAAGGAUGCUGUGGACUGGCACCCGGGAGAUGCAGCUGUCAUCAUUAGUGGAACAGGUGUCCAAGGUGCUAAACCCGUGGAAGAGAUUGUCACUGUGGAAACUGUACACAAUGCAGACCUUCACUUAGGGUCACCUUUAAGAUAUUCUCACAACUUCACUGAGUAUUGGGUGGACAGAGACCACCACAUUUUUGGAACCACAGUGGCCUUGCUGAGCAGAAGUGUUACCAUAAGAGGCAAUCUCACUAAUGAGCGGAAAAAGCUGCUUGAUUCAUGCCAGGAGACCAUUGCUUCAGAAGGUACUUUGCAGGACUGUUUCUACUCUAAGAGUGAGAAGGUUCUUGGAUCCAGAGACCUGGGGGCCAAAGUCAUCAUUCAGUCCUUUCCAGAGGAGCCCAGCCAACUCCAGUUGAAUGGAGUGGAGUUCCGGGACUUAGGCCAAGCCUUCCAGAAGCAUCUGAGCUCAGUAACUCUAGUGGGAGUUAUGAGAGAUUCCUACAUACGGGGUUGCACUGUGUGGGGCUCCUUCAGUCGAGGUUUCAGCAUGUCCAGUACCUUUGGCUUGAAGGUGGAUAAUAACACUUUCUACAGCAUCUUGGGUCAUGCUCUACUGCUGGGUACACACUUGGAAAUGAAAUAUCUCUCUUGGGAGGAUUUUCCUGGAACUAAAAAUGACUGGUCAGAACAGGGAAACAUAAUAAGAAAUAAUGUGAUUAUGCGUGUUUCUGGUGCCGAGGGACUUUCCAGUUCUGAAAUGCUGACACCAGCUGGAAUCUAUAUCCUCAGUCCCACCAAUGUGGUAGAGGGGAACAAAGUUUGUGCUGCUGGUUAUGGCUACUUUUUUCAUCUUGUGACCAGUAAAACAUCACAAGCUCCUCUUUUGUCCUUUGCUCAAAAUGUUGCAUAUUCCUGUGCAAGGUAUGGGCUUUUUGUGUUCCCUAAGUAUCAGCCACCUUGGGACGAUGUCACUGGUCCAACUCUGUUCCAGAACUUCAUGGUUUGGGGAAGUGCAGGAGGUGCUCGGAUUUUCAGAAGUCGCAAUCUUCACCUGAAAAACUUCCAAGUUUAUUCAUGCAGAGAUUUUGGAAUUGACAUCUUGGAAAGUGAUGCAAAUACUACAGUCACAGACAGUUUCCUACUUGGUCAUUUUGCCCACAAGAGAAGCUUAUGUAUGUCAGCUGGGAUCAAAACUCCCAAACGAUGGGAACUGACAGUAUCUAAUACAACCUUUCUUAAUUUUGAUUUCACUGAUUGUGUGGCCAUCAAGACCUGUUCAGGCUGUUCUCAAGGGCAGGGUGGAUUUACAGUGAGAACCAGCCAGUUGAAGUUUACAAACUCUUCGAACUUAGUAGCAUUUCCAUUUCCUCAUGCAGCAAUUUUAGAAGACUUGGAUGGGUCUCUGUCUGGAAAAUAUAGAAGUCAUAUCCUUGCUUCUAUGGAAACCCUUUCAGCUUCUUGUUUGAUCAAUGCAAGCUUCAGUCAGAUUGUCCAUGGCAGUGUUUGUGGAGAAGAUACUCUCUUUCAUCGAAUGUCUAUUGGUUUAAGGAAUGCUCCCAGUGUUUCUUAUGACCUAAUUAUAACUGAUAGCAGGAAUAAGACAACCACUGUCAAUUAUGUUCAUGACACAUUGUCAAACUGUUAUGGCUGGAUGGCUCUGCUCUUAGAUCAAGAGAGCUAUUCACUAUAUCCUCAGACCCCUUGGAUCAAUGAAUCUCUGCAGUACUCAGCGAUAUUUGACAAUUUUUCUUCUGAGAAUUACCUCCUGAUGGUGCACACAAUCCUGUGGUCUUAUCCUGAGAUCCUCAUCAAAUGUGGAAGUCAAGUGGGAAGGUCCCUUCCAUCACUUCCAGCUCAUGGUCAGAAUCAAGGCUGUGACUGGUUCUUCAGUUCCCAGUUGAAGAAACUCACCUAUCUGGUUUCAGGUGAAGGCCAAAUUCAAGUGGUGCUCCAGGUGAGAGAAGGUACACCUCCAACUAUUUCAGCUUCUACCUCUGAACCUGAGUCAAUUUUAAGAUGGUCUCUCCCUGAAGCAUGGGCAGGUGUUGAAAAGGGCUGGGGAGGUUACAACUACACGAUUCCUGUCCCUGGUGAUGAUGUACUGAUUCUACCCAAUAGGACUGUCCUUGUGGAUACAACUCUUCCAUUCCUCAAAGGCCUUUAUGUGAUGGGAACCUUAGAAUUUCCUGUGGACCAAAGCAACGUUCUGAGUGUGGCUUGCAUGGUCAUUGCUGGUGGGGAGCUUAGAGUUGGUACUUUAGAAAGUCCCUUAGAAAAAGAACAAAAGCUCUUAAUUCUUGUCAGAGCCUCAGAAGGAGUCUCUUGUAACCGUUUCAAUGGAAUUCUUAUUGAUCCAGGAACAAUUGGGGUUUAUGGAAAAGUUCAGCUACAUAGCACUUAUCCUAAGAAAUUCUGGACAUAUCUUGGAGCUGACAUUGCCGCAGGAAAUGAGAGAAUUAUUGUAGAGGAUACAGUUGAUUGGCGACCCCAUGAUAAGAUUGUCCUUAGCCCCUCUUCAUAUGAGCCUCAUGAAGCAGAGGUACUGACUGUGAAAGAAGUCAAGAGCCACUAUGUUCAAGUCUAUGAACGGCUCAAACACCGGCACAUUGGAAGUGCCCAUGUCUUGGAGGAUGGCAGAAAAAUUCGUUUAGCUGCUGAAGUUGGACUUUUGACCCGAAAUAUACAAAUCCAAUCUGACAUAUCAUGUUCAGGGAAACUACUUGUGGGAUCUGUCAGGAAGUCCAGCAGUGAAGAAUUUUCAGGUGUCCUUCAACUAUUCAAUGUGGAAAUUCAGAACUUCGGGUCAAUAUUGUCUUCUUCUAUUGAAUUUACUAAUGUAUCAACAGGAUCCUGGAUAAUAUCUUCUACUCUUCACCAGAAUUGCGGUGGGGGCAUUCAUGCAGUUGCCAGUUUGGGGAUUAUUUUAAAGGACAACAUUGUGUUUGACACAGCUGGUCAUGGCAUAGAUUUGGAGGGCCAGGAAUAUUCUCUCUCUAAUAAUCUUGUGAUUCUGAUAAGGCAGUCAGCAUGGUCCACCGUAUGGGUUGCAGGAAUCAAAGUGAACCAGGCAAGGACUAUCACCCUUCAUGGAAAUGUAGUAUCAGGAUCUGAGAGAUUUGGCUUUCACAUAAAGGGCCACCCAUGUUCUUCUCCUGAAGCUCAUUGGUCUGACAAUGUGGCUCACUCAAGUCUUCAUGGUCUUCAUCUCUACAAAGAAAAUGGACUUGACAACUGCACUAGAAUUUCUGGCUUUUUGGCAUUCAAAAACUUUGACUAUGGUGCCAUGCUACAUGUGGAGAAUGACUUGGUGGUAGAGAAUAUCACUCUGGCCGACAAUGCUAUUGGUCUUUUGGCAAUUGUAUAUGUGUCUUCUGUUUCACAGAGGUCCAUCAAAAAUGUACAGAUUCUACUCAAGAAUUCAGUCAUUGUGGCCACUAGCUCCUCUUUUGACUGCAUUCAGGAUAAAAUGAAGCCUUACUCUGCCAACUUGACAUCAGCUGAUAGAGCUCCAUCCAAUCCAAGAGGGGGUCGAGUUGGGAUCCUGUGGCCCAUGUUCACCUCAGAACCAAAUCAGUGGCCUCAAGAGCCAUGGCACAAAGUGAAGAAUGGUUAUUCAAUUCCAGGCAUUAUGAAACUUGAAGAUGUCACAUUUUCUAGUUUUGUGAGAAGUUGCUAUGAUGAUGACCUGGAUGUCUGCAUUCUUCCCAGUGCAGAGUAUACUGGAAUCAUGUAUCCAAUAAUAGCAGAAAGGACAAAUAUGAUGAAAAUUAAUGAUAGAAACAAGUUCUACUUUCCCCAAUUACAAUCCAGGAAAGAUUUAGGGAUAUUGGCCUGCUCUGAAUCAGAUUAUGAGAAUCCAAGAAAAUAUCUAUAUAAGGAUUUGGAUGGACAGUCUCUAGGUCUACCUCCACCAGUAUCUGUAUUUCCUAAAACAGAGGCAGAAUGGACCAAGUCCUUCUUCAACACAGGCACAUUUAGAGAAGAGCAGAAAUGCACAUACCAAUCUGUGAUGCAAGGUUACAUCUGCAAACAAACUGACCAAGUAAUCUUAAUUCUUGACAAUAUUGAUUCAUCAUGGGCAAUGCAGAAAUUAUAUCCAGUAGUAUCUGUGACUGGUGGCUUUGUUGACACUUUUAUUAGUAUAAAUGCCAACAAUCUCUGUUCUACUUCAGAAUCUAUAUCUAUGUUUUAUUCCAUCAUACCAACUGGGAAAAUCACUAAAGUCUGCUUUAUGCAUCAGACUCCUCAAUUUUUGAGAUUUUUUCUACUAGGGAACAAAAAUACCUCAAAACUUCUCUUGUCUGUGUUCUACCAUGAGCUCCAGAGUCCCCGUGUCUUUUUAGGGGGUAAUUUUAUUUUACCUACUACAGUUCAGUCAGCUCCUUCAUUGUUGGAUGAAUCUGUUGGUGCCAACCAUUUUGAUAUCAUGGACAACCUUCUCUAUGUUGUCCUACAAGGAGAAGAACCCAUUGAAAUACAUUCCAGCAUGUCUGUUCAUUUGGCUCUCACUGUAAAGUAUUCCAUUUUAGAUAAACCCUGGGAAAUUAUGAUCCUUGAAAGACUGACUACUUUCCUGCAGAUCAGCCAAUACCAAAUUAGAUUUAUUCAUGAAAUGUCUGGCAAAAAAACUACAUUAAAGGCCAUUGCUGAUAAUGCAGCAAAGAGAACUCGAAAUUGUCCGACUAUGACUUGCACUAGUUAUUACAGAGUUGGCCAUCGUAGAACUCUUAUGAUGGAGAAGAACUCAUAUAAGAUACCACGAACAACCACUACAGAAAUUAUUUCAAAAGUGAUUGCUAUCGAAAUUAGCGAUCAUCCAACAGUAAGGAAUGCUGAACUAAUCCCGCCUUUAUCAAGAAACAAAUUACAGAGUAUAGCUCAACAGGUUGUCACUGCUCAACAGACUGGAGUUCUGGAAAAUGUUCUGAAUAUUACUAUUGAAGCUUUACUGAUGACUCGAUCAAAUGGAGUUUUUACUGAUGGAAAUACAAGCAAUUUUAAAACUGGGAAUUUGAUAUAUGUUCGGCCUUAUGCUCUUUCAAUCUUAGUCCAGCCAUCAGAUGGAGAUGUAGGAAAAGAGCUUCCAGUUCAACCACAUCUUGUUUUUCUGGAUAAGCAGAAUCAGAGAGUGGAAUCCUUGGGGCUUCCCUCAGAACCUUGGACUGUUUCUGUUUCACUGGAAGGGAGACCGGGUUCUAUGCUGAAAGGGUGUACUCAGGCAGAAACUCAAGAUGGUUAUGUGAGCUUCUCCAACUUGGCAGUUCUGAUCUCUGGGUCAAAUUGGCACUUUAUUUUUACUGUCACUUCCCCUCCAGGGGUCAAUUUUACAGCUCGAUCUCGGUCAUUUACUGUCUUGCCUGUAACAAGGAAAGAGAAGUCAGCCGUCAUUUUGGCUGCUUUGCUGUGUUCACUGGUUUCUUGGCUGGCUCUCUGCUGUUUGGUAUGCUGCUGGUUAAAGAGAAACAAAAGCAGAAAAAUUAAAAAUGAAGAAAUCACUGAACCCCAGAUUAAUGAUCAAAAGAGUCAUCUCCAUAUCUCAUCAAAACAGCAAGUCUCACAAGUAGAUAUUAUGAAAGAAGAUACCAUCAUGAGAGAAGAUAUGAGGAAGAAAGUCAUGCUGAGCAGGCUAAACCAGCUUCCCCAGCAGUCACUGAACGGUGUGUCCAGGAGAAAGGUUAGCAGCCUUGCAAUCCGAGAAGAGGAGAGCAGCCAAGAGGAAGUUACUGUGCCUGCUCCUAGAACAACUACUGUCACAUUUGGCAAACAUACCUCAGCUCCAGGAUCUCCUGCUCAGCAGGUGUAUCUACAGGAGUCUGGGAACUGCAAGGAGGUCCAAGAGCAGCUGCUUAGAUACCAGCUGGCAGGCCAAGAUCAACUGAUGCAGCUUUGCCCAGAUAUCAGACAAAACAUGCAUCAGCUGCAGGAUCAGAAUCGAUUGGGCAAAAAACGUGGCAGCUCGGUAGUUUCCCAAGAGAAGAAAACCUCUUAUGAUGACACUGAGGCAUUCUGUCUUCAUUCAGUGCAUCCAGAAGCUAUACAGGAACAACUAUAAUUAAGGAGCAGUGUGUGUAUUUGUACUAAAAAUCAGAAUGUUCAGAAUAUAUCUGGAUAAUGAGGAGAGUCGAUGAGACAUCAUGAUCUAUGAGGGUAACAGAAAGAAGAAUAUAGACUCUAUAUUCCUUUCAACUUUAAAAUAAAAGAUUUUUAUACAAAUGCUUGUAAAUUAAAACAGAUUAAAGGACCUUUUGUAUUUAAUGGAGAUCCAAUAUUGGUCAAAUAGUAGCUUCACAAAUAACUGUUUUUUUUUUCUUUUUUUACUUGUGUUUAGCAUAGACAAUUCUUUUCCUGAUUUUGCCAUCUUAAUAAUUGUGUGAUACAGGAGUUGUUUUUAAGCCUCCUUUGUAAUGUUCAACCCCAAAAGAAUGGAUUAUUUUAUAGGA